UCUCCCUCGACCACCAACACAUGAAUCUUGCGCGGCAUUCCAUCAGCGCGACCGCCCCAGUCCUCAUCUUUGACGCACGAUUUGACCCCGAGUGCCGCAUAUUCACGAUCUCCACUAAGGCUGGGUUCGCAGUGUAUCGUACAUGGCCGCUGCAGCUCCUCCGGAAACGCGAGAUUACAGGCGGAACCUUGUCCAUCGUUGUUCCGCUCCAUACGUCGUCGCUCUUGUUCCUGGUCGGCGGCGGUAGAAGUCCGCGCUAUCCUCCGAACAAGGUCAUACUGUGGGAUGAUGCAAUCGCACAAGAAGUCGCAGAGCUCGAGUUCAGGGAGAAGGUCAGGGGACUAGCCUGUCGGCGCGGGUGGCUCGCAGUCGCGUUGCGCAGGCGAGUCGUUGUAUUCCAAAUCGGGGAGACGGUAGAGCGGUACGGCGAAUGGGACACAUGUGACAAUUCCCGAGGUCUCCUUGCGCUGGCGACCGCGACACAUUCAACACUUCUAGCCAUCCCAGGCCGCCAGAUGGGUCAUCUGCAGCUCGUACAUCUACCACCAUGUCCCCCGCCUCAGCCGAUCGGCCCUCCGCCAUCCGCACCUCCAUCACGACCGCCGCCGAAUCCUGCCAAACCUCCGCCCACCAUCAUCAUUGCUCAUGAGAGUGCUCUUAGCACACUCUCCGUCCCGCCUUCUGGUCGUUUGCUCGCCACUACAUCCUCUCGCGGGACCUUGAUACGAAUAUGGGACACCACUACUGGGAAGCUGGUGAGGGAAUUGCGGAGGGGCUCGGACAAGGCUGAGAUCUAUGGUGUUGCAUUUCGACCCGACGAACGUGAGGUGUGCGUAUGGAGCGAUAAGGGAACCGUGCAUGUCUUCGCCUUGACAGUCGGUUCAGGAGCCUCCAAUCGACAAUCCACCUUCUCGUCUUUUACGUCUUAUGUACCUCUGCCGAAGUACUUCGACUCAGAGUGGUCAUACGCCCAAUAUCGGAUUCCAUCACAGACAUCUCAUAUAUCGAUAUCUGGCCAACCCGCUCGAUCGCCUACCGCUGACGUCGUCGACGAAGAGAAGUGCGUCGUAGGAUGGAUCCAGGUGUCUCCAGAAGACCUGGACGAGCCUGGAAGCACGCUUUCCGCCGAAUAUCAGCUGGUUGCGUUGACUUACACCGGGGGCUGGUACCGUCUAUCUCUGCCGACAUCGUCUUCCGCUGCGGCACCAUCAUCACAUCCUCCUUCACCUGUCCCACUACCCACCCCGUCGCUCCGAGAUCCGUUAUCAGCAUCCCCUCCCAAUGUGAGGACUAUAUCCAUGGCACGCCCUCGAUCAUACAGCGGCUCUUCCUUCGCUAGCAGACCAGACAAAGGCAAGGACCGCGAGCGGGAGGAGAAGCCUGGACGGGAGUGCAUCCUUCGCGAGUACAGGCGGUUCGGCCGGUGGGACGGCUGGGGAUAAGCUUCAAUAUCUGCUCUCUGUCUCCGGAUUCAGCUUCGACGGAUUUCUUGGAGUUUACACCAUGGUUCCUGUCUUCCGGGAUUUAUUCGGACAUGUGCACUAGGAUACCGGUCUAUCGCCCACGUUCAUGCUUCAUGCUCUCCGAGACGACUGCCACAUCGCACUGCACGACAUCAUACCUGUAAUACCACACAUGCCAUUGCACAUUGUCAUUAAUCUUGUAUCUGUAUUCAUGACAUACUUACAUUCAAGUUGUU